UUCAAAUGAUGGUUGACCUAUGGAGAGCCUCAAAAUCUAGGCUUGUCAAAGACAUUAUUAGUGCUAAAACUGAAAGUGAACGACAAGCACUAAAACCAGAUUGCAUCAAGAGUGAUGUAGAGUGGAGGGCUUUUAUUAAACAGAAAACUAGUAAAGAGCAUAUGGCUUUACGGGCUAAAUUUCAAGAGAUAAGAAAGAAAACUAUUCCACACACCUUAAGUAGAAGAGGAUAUGCUCGAACAAUUGAUGAUAUGACUAAACAAAAUCAAGGUGGGAAUAUAACUAGGGUUCAGACAUUUCAGAAAGCCCAUACUAGGAAGAAUGGUGAGCUAAUCAACUCAACAACUUCUGAAUUUUUGGGGCAAUUAGAUGACAUUAUACGUGAAAACCCAAAUUCUGAAACUACAAAAAAUAUCGAAGAGGAUGCACUAACAAUAUUGUUCGGUGAACCAAAAUCUGGUUGUCAAAUUGGCCAAGGAAGAGGGAUGUCAAAAUCAAAAUCGAUUGUUGUUCAUAUGUAUCAAGACAAGAUUGAAGUACUUGAAAAAGAACAACACAACAUGAAGAAGCAACUUGUUGAAUUGCUCAAACUUUUUAAGGGAAAUGGUGGUAAAGUAUCAACAAGUGAUGGACAAUCUCACAUUACUCAUUCUCCAAAGCCUUCAAGUUCUUCAUUGAAUCAUUGUGACAAGAGUGUUGUCCAUGAAGAGAGCCAUAACUUUUCAGAUAUGAAUAGUGCUUGUUACUUGCUUGAUUGGAAGGGUGAAAUGGUUGCUGAAGGUCGUUGGUCUUCUAGUGAUCCAAACACACUUGUUCAUGGGAUUCCUCUUGGACCCGAAUUCAUGCGAGUGUGGGUUGACAUUGCUAUCUCACUGAGUGCUUAUUUGUUUCGUCCUAGCCACUCAAUGAUCACCAUACAAGAAGUCGUUGGCUCUAUUAUUGCAUGGCCUUCGGAGAAGGUUGUUCCGAGGUGUCAUUUCAAUGAUAGAGCUUACUGUUAAGAAAAGGGAGGCCCCAGCAGGUGAGAAGCCAGAACCAGUUAGAACUCACCUCCAUAACAUGAUUAUUGUUCCAGAGAUGAUCAGAAGCAUCAUCAGUGUGUUCAUUCCUCUCAAGUGAAGGCUGCCAGUUUGCAUAUUCAGUAUUUUUGUUUCCAAGACUUCCAUGAAUUUUUGUUUUCUUACUUUUUGUGUUGCUUAAAAGAGUUUGAAUACAAUCUCUUUAGACCAGGGAACGUGGUUUAUAGUUUGAGAUUAUGCUGAUUAUUGAUCUUGGCCAAUAUUGGAAGUAUCUUUUUUUCCCC